AUGCCUCGCAUAACUGUGAAUCCGCACGAGCAGGUGCCGCCAGACUUCGCAGGGCCAGCUUUCAUCCUCGCUCGGGCCGCUAUCGCUCAGGCGAACGGAAUUACCGAAGAGGAGGCAAUCCAGGCACUCACGGACCAGUGGGCCAGCCAGAACAACGCGGAGAAGCAAGCGUGGAACGCGCAGGCAGCAGAAGAUCAGGAAGCGGCGGAAACAGCCGAGCGCGAGCGAGCAGAGAGAGCAGAAGCGGAGAGAUUGGACGAGGAGAGGGAGGCCGCCAAGACUCGUCCUAAAGCGCCAGUGUACGAGGACAAUCAGACGAUCGGCGACGACCAAGAUCUCCACACCGAUUCCGACAUUCUCCUCAAGCUGCGCAAUUACAAGUACACCGACAUGUGGUAUCACGGAGCCAACGGCAGAAGACUCGCCACCUCGUGGGCCGUAUCCCGCAACGACGACACCAUGGUCCUCGCCAAAGAAGGGGAGGGAUUGGCAGUAAAGCAUUCCUCCACCGCAAAACUCGCGAGGCACUGCGUCCCAGACCGGGAUCUGACCUGGGAGCAAUUUACAGUCGCGAAAGGGGGGCUUCUCGAGGAUAUGGCAAGAGUUGGAUGGGAGGCGAACGUCAUUCAUGAUUUCGCGCUCCUCUUCUACAAGAUGGACGGCCACCGCAUCCGCUAUCAGCCGUACGGUAACACCUGUUUGCUGAUCUACAUGGACGAAGUUCGUCGAGGGUGGCACCUCGCG